GUUGUAAUUUUUUUAUUUAUACGAAUAAAUUUUUAAAAAAUUCAAUUCUUCAGUAAUUGAAUAGUUUUUAUUUUUGAUUUUAGUUGUAAUAAUAAUAAUAACCAGUGUUUUAAAAAAGUGUUGAUAAAUAUUAUCAAUAAAGUAUAAAAUAAAAAGUAAUCAUUGAAUUAAAAUGUAUGAAAUUGAUAGCGAUAAUAAUAUAAAUAAUGAAGAAACAUUACGAACAUUCAAAGAAUUGUUAUUAAUAACUCAGGAUGAUGAAGAUUUUGAAACAACGUCAUCUGUAGAACAAGAAGCUGUUGAAGAAAGUUGUUUACAAUUAUAUAAGGUCGCUGAGGACCCAAAAUUAUUACGUGGCCGUCAUUUGUCCUGGUUAAAAAAAUCAUUAAACAAAUUAUCUGAAGGCUACGAGUGUUUAGAUUGCAGUAGACCAUGGUUAUGUUAUUGGUCAUUACAUGCAUUAAAUCUAUUAGGGGAACAAUUACAUGAAGAAGAUAAUAAAAAAGUUAUUAAUUUUUUAUCUAAAUGUCAAGAUCCUUUGGGAGGUUUUGGGGGUGGGCCGAGUCAAUUUCCUCAUUUAGCAUCAACUUAUGCUGCUGUUUGUGCAUUAUGUACUAUUACAAGUAAAGAAGCAUAUGAUGCUAUUGAUAGGAAAGGAUUAGUCCGUUUUUUUCGUACGUUAAAAUUUGCAGAUGGAAGUUUUUCGAUGCAUAGAGACGGCGAGCUUGAUAUCAGAGGAGUUUAUUGUGCGAUUGCUGUCGCUAAAUUAACAAAUGUUUACACGGAAGAGCUUUUUAAGGGCACAGAUGACUGGAUUUCGAGGUGCCAGACCUGGGAAGGCGGGUUUGGAGGUUGUCCAGGCAUGGAGGCGCAUGGUGGUUACACUUACUGUGGUCUCGCGUCGUUAGUUUUGAUGGGAAAAGUUGAUAAAUGUGAUCUAUCAUCGUUACUGAGAUGGUUAGUAAAUAAACAAAUGAAAUUAGAAGGAGGUUUUCAAGGGCGUACAAAUAAAUUAGUUGAUGGCUGUUACUCAUUUUGGCAAGGAGCUUCAUUUCCUUUAAUAAGUGCUAUUUUAUCUAAGGAAAAAAAUUAUUUUAAUUCAAAUAAUUACUGGCUGUUCGAUCAAAAAGCACUGCAAGAAUAUAUUCUUGUUUGCUGUCAAAAUCCUUACGGUGGAUUUUUAGACAAACCCAAAAAAAAUCGUGAUAUUUAUCAUACAUGUUAUGUACUAAGUGGUCUCUCGAUAGCUCAGAAUUCACCUACCCCAACUAUUCUAGGCCAACGGUACAUAAAUUUGGUUGAAUCGACUCAUCCACUCUACAAUCUAGUAUCUCCUUGUGUCACCAAGGCUAUAAAUUAUUUUGAUAAACUGCCAAUACCUGACUAAAAUAAAUUUUUAAAAAAAGUUUAUUAAAGAGUUUAUUAAAAUCCUUAUGAUGGACCAACAAUUAAAUGAGCAACAUUCAAAAUGCCAAUUGUAUUGAAUUUAAAAUUUUCACUAUUUAAUUAUUAUUGAUGU